UUAGGGCUCUCUGUGCAAGCAGAGAUAGGCUCUGUCUGAAUUGACAGCACACUCUUAAUUGUGUCUAUGACGAGAGGACAUCACGUCAAAACCAUUAACACUGGGAUGGGGUGACAUGAGCAGUAUUGAUCCCUUCAGGAUAGAUGGCCUCGGAUGAUAUAAAACUGAACAUGCCGGCUGGGGCAAGAGCACUGAAGACUGAAGUUCCCCCUUGAUCCUCUCAACAUGUUGUCACUGGCACUGCUCUACAUUCUGGCUGUGGUUUGCUCUGCGCGGAGAACUCAUGCUCUUCCUCUGUAUUCAGACACAGCACUGCCACAGCAGGAAGAACUGAUUCAGAAACUGGUGGCAGAGGUCGAGGAGAGACAAAGCAAUGAUUUAACAGAGCAAAGGGACAUCAAAACUGUCCUCCCUGUCCUGAUCCAGAGAGGUACAAAAGACAUUUUGCAGCAAGAGAAAAUGAAUAACAUGGUGGAUGACUUAAAAGCAGUUGUUUUAAAACUAGCAGCAGCUGAUAACCUGCGUUCUCAAGGCUAUCUACGAUCUGAGCAAAACUUGCCCAAAAACAAUAAGAGAGCCUGUUUUUGGAAAUAUUGUGUUACAAACUAGGAAUGAAUCGGCUGAGAUGGACAGAGGACCAGCCUAACAUCCCUUCAUGUACAAACACUUAAAAUGUAUGCCUUUGUUUCCCCCCAUAAAAUAUCCAUUCAGCUGCCCUUUGACAUUGUGAAUAUUGUUUUAUAUUUAUAUAUAGAUAUAUAAAGUAAUCUAACAGGAAUAUGAAUGUAUUUUGUAUCAUAAAUGAAAACUGACCUAGAACUGCAACUGUAAAAUAAAUAUAGUCUAGGUAAAAACUGAUCAGUUGUAAUAUUUGUGUAUUUUUGUUUUGUUUUUCAAUCCAGUCAUCACCAUCUUUUACCAAAGCUCUGGAUAUGCUUUGACAUUCACACGAAAAGAGAAAGACAAAGUGGUGAUAUGUAUGAUAUUAAUUUUAUUUGAAGUAAAAUCUGAAAGAAAGCA